CACAUUCUUAACCACAGCAUCACCAAUAGAGAUCUGAUUGAGGGUGAUCAACAGACGCGAUCAGUGAGAUAUUGAUUAUUAAUGAGGUUGUUUUGGAUGUGUGUUCGCCACACCCUCGAUGCGCAGCACUGACUCACAUUGCGCACAUUCACAACGGAGCAUCACACACACCGAAAAAACAACAGUGAACCCUCGACAGCACACAUCAGCCAUGGGAGAAUCAGAGACGCGUCAGAGACUGCUGCGCAGCGUGAAGAAGGAGGUGAAGCAGAUCAUGGAAGAGGCCGUGACCCGCAAGUUUGUGCAUGAAGACAGCAGCCACAUAUUUUCGUUCUGCGGUGUGGUUGAAGCGUGUGUGCUUUACGGGCUGAAACGGCGAGCUUCUGGAUUCCUGCACAGUAACAAACUGGCAGCUCUGUUCAUGAAGGUGGGGAAGAUGUUUCCUCCCGCUGAGGAGCUGUGCAGAAAGGUCCAGGAACUUGAACAAAUCAUCGAGACCAAACAAAACCAGGGUCAGAUGAGUCAGGACAGCAACAGAAAACAGCCCAGACUGCCCAACAUGUCACCGCUGGCCAUCAAACACCUAUGGAUCCGCACAGCGCUCACAGAGAAGGUGCUGGACAAAAUCGUCCUUUAUUUGGUGGAGAACAGCAGUAAGUUCUAUGAAAGAGAAGCACUGCUGAGGGAUGCAGUCGACGGUCCAAUUCUUGCAUCUUUGCUUGUUGGUCCCUGUGCUUUGGAGUACACAAAAGCAAAGACGGCCAACCACUUCUGGACGGAUCCGUCGGCUGAUGAAUUGGUGCAGAGACAUCGUAUUCACAGCGGUCACUGCCGGCAAGACUCUCCCACCAAACGCCCAGCGCUUAUUCAAAAACGUCAGUCGAGUGGCAGUAUGGAAGACCGACCGUCUCUCUGGGCUCGGAAUUAUGUGGAAUCUCUUCAUCAGAAUUCCAGAGCCACGUUACUAUUUGGAAAGAACAAUGUCCUGGUGCAGCCUAUGGAUGAUAUGGAAGCGAUCCCAGGAUACCUCUCUCUUCAUCAGACGGCCGAUCUUAUGACGCUGAAGUGGACACCAAACCAGCUGAUGAACGGCAACGUGGGAGAGUUUGAUUAUGAGAAAAGUGUGUACUGGGAUUAUGCAAUGACUAUUCGUCUAGACGAAAUCGUGUAUUUGCACUGCCAUCAACAAGUUGAUAGUGGCGGUACGGUGGUUCUGGUCAGCCAAGAUGGAAUUCAGAGACCACCGUUCCGGUUUCCAAAAGGAGGUCAUCUACUACAGUUCCUCACGUGUCUGGAAACAGGCCUUCUUCCUCAUGGACAGUUAGAUCCUCCUCUGUGGUCACAAAGGGGAAAGGGAAAGGUGUUCCCAAAACUGCGUAAAAGAAGUCCUCACGGAUCCUGUGAGUCAUUCUCAGACAAAGACGAAGACGAAGCCACUGACUAUGUUUUUCGGAUAAUAUAUCCAGGCAGUCAGGAGUUUGUGGCACCAGAACUGAUCGAUCAGGCAGUGAACAUGUGGCAGCCGACACCCAGGAAGUCGUCUUGUUCUUCCUGUUCUCAGAACGGAUCCUCUGAUGGUGGACUACCUAACGGAUGCAACCAUGACAGGGCGCCACUGAAGUUACUCUGCGAGACCAUGAAACAUCAGAUAAUUUCUCGUGCUUUCUACGGCUGGUUGGCAUACUGCCGUCACCUGUCCACUGUACGCACACACCUGUCGGCCCUAGUCAACCCCACCAUCGUCGAGCCUGAUAUUCCUUAUGAUGCUAAAGGAGGACUCUCGGCAGAGGUGUGGAAAACGUUUCUACAGGACAGCACUUUUCACGAGGAAGAGGAACUUCUGCGUCUGGUGUAUUAUGGUGGUGUAGAGCCGUCUCUGCGUAAAGAGGUCUGGCCCUUCCUGUUAGGACACUAUCAAUUCACCAUGACACUUCAAGAACGCAAAGAGGUGGAUGAGCAGAUCCGAGCAUGUUACGAGCAGACGAUGAGCGAGUGGUUGGGAUGUGAAGCCAUCGUACGACAGCGCGAGAAGGAACAGCACGCCGCGGCUAUCGCUAAAUGUGCGUCUGGUGCCAGCGUGGACCACGGAUCGCGCCACGACUCAACCAUCAGCACGGAUGGCAGCAGUUCAGAUAAACACAGUCACGCGUGUUCACAGAGCGACUCCAAUAGCAGCACUCAGGUAUUUGGGUCUGUUGAUGAGGUGGACCCAAUUGAAUCUGAGCCCAAACCAAAAAAUGAGAAGCCACAGCCCAAAAUUCCCAACGGAACUCUCCCAAAUUGCACUAGUUCUCCGGACUCUGGCCAUCCAUCAUCUCGUAACUUCUCCGUGACCUCCGGGAUGUCAGAGUGCUCUCCAAGCACUGAGGAGACUUCAACACAAGAGUCUGGGCGAAAAACCACAGCUCGAGGACCGUUGGCUGCGACCUCAGAGGUUCCGUCUAAAGUUCACACAGAUAUUCCUCCCAGUUCUGACCUGGAUGACAAGUCCAAAGAGGAGCUAACGCAAAACAUCUCCACCGCUCAGGACACAGCGAAGGAAGAUGCUGUCAUUUCACAAACAGAGAGCAUUACUUCAGAUGCUGAGGUGGUUAAACCUCCAGUAAGUGGCAAACCCCAAACCUCUGAUGCUGAAGUAUCGCGUAGGACUGAAACACAUAAGUCAUUAGUUUCCGAAGAAGAUCCAAACUCAAAAAGUGCAACUGAAGGUGUAGAAAACACUGAACCUAAAAUGCAGCCCAGCCCUGAAACUGAAGCCAAACAACCUUCUGAUGACAAUGAAAACGAGCGUGAACUUCAAUCAUCAAAAGAUUCACUUGAAGAAAUGACCAAAUCCUCAAAUUCAGAAGAGGUCAACAGCUUGGUUGAGGGAUGUGUUACCUCACCAUCUGUAGAAGACAACACAAAAUCAGAGGCUGACCAGACAACAGAUUUAAAAGUUGAAGAAAGCAAAGACAUUAACUCCAAAUGUAGUAAUCCAGACCUGAAAGAGGACGUCAAAAUCUCUCAAAGAGAUGACAACAAACCUGAAGCUUUAGGUGAACACAGAACCUCUGAGAUGACCAGCAACUCAAUGGUGGAAAUAUCUACAAACAUAUCUAAAAGUUCAUCUGAACCAAACAACCCAAUGGAUGCUGAAAACUCCACUACACCACAAAUGACUCGCUGGGAUUCUGAUCGCAGUAGAGCCACAUCAAUAAUCAAACAAAUGACCGAAUCAGAGUCAGAAAGCUGCUGUCCAAUCACCUCGCUAUCAAAACAAUCUCCAGAUAUGUCCGACGACUCGCCUUCGGCCUUGGAAAUGGAGGAGAUUUCUUCUUCUGUGGUUUACAUGCCUUCGGAGUGUAACACAUUGAAGAUGCCUCUUACAUUGGCUCGUCCCAUGGCGGUGUCCACCUCGGGGGAGAAAUCGUCCAAGGGAAUGCCAACUUUGGAGCUCUGCAUGGAGCCCGGUGUGGACACGAGCCCAGAGGAAACGGAAUCGGCGCUCUCCGAGGAAGAACCGGAGAUGGAGAACAUAUUACCUAAACCAGACUCUCUGGCGGUCACAGGAGAACACAAGAACGACAUAGCAUCUCCGGUGUCGUCUAUUGGGACCACUUACUCACAAGAGCUAGUAGACCUGUACACGCUCAAUCUACACCGCAUUGACAAAGAUGUCCAGCGAUGUGAUAGAAACUACUGUUAUUUCACUCCGGCCAACCUCGAGAAACUACGCAACAUCAUGUGCAGUUAUGUGUGGCAGCAUCUUGACAUCGGUUACGUCCAGGGAAUGUGUGAUUUGCUUGCACCCCUGCUGGUCAUUCUGGAUGAUGAGGCAAUGGCGUUCAGCUGCUUCACGGAGCUCAUGAAGAGAAUGAAUCAGAACUUUCCUCACGGUGGCGCAAUGGACACGCACUUCGCCAACAUGCGCUCACUAAUCCAGAUUCUGGACGCUGAACUGUUUGAGCUCAUGCAGCAGAACGGAGAUUACACACACUUUUACUUCUGUUACCGCUGGUUCCUCUUGGACUUUAAGAGAGAAAUGGUGUAUGAUGACGUGUUCUCCGUAUGGGAAACCAUCUGGUCCGCGCGUUACGCCUCAUCGGAGCACUUUGUACUCUUCAUCGCGCUGGCUUUGGUGGAGCUGUACCGCGACAUCAUCCUGGAGAACAACAUGGACUUCACGGACAUCAUCAAGUUCUUCAAUGAAAUGGCCGAACAUCAUGACGUCCCAAAGCUGCUGGUGAUGGCGCGAGACUUGGUCCACAAGGUCCAGAUUCUAAUUGAGAAUAAGUGAUUCGGUUUCACUCUCUGUGCCUGUUUAAGGCUGUAUUAACAAAACAAAAACCCCUGAAUUGAAGCAAAUGACAAAAGCAGUGUUGUUUUGUCAUCUAAUAUUGCCAGAACAGUAAUAUUUUCCACCAUAGCUCCACAAAGACAGGCGUUUGCCAAAUUAAUCAAAUCGACUAUAUACGUGAUUCUAGUGUGAUCUAGCUAGCUUAAAGACCCCAUGAACGAACUGACGAAUGCAGUUUUCUUUCCUGUCUUGACGUGUUUCCUAUUGAAUGUGAAAGUCAACAGCCUUUAGUUUACUAGUUUUUCUUGACUUUUUAGUUUUCUCAUUCUUAAUGUAUUUUUUGUUGUAGACUGUAGAUAUUAAAGGAAUAUUUAGUCACUUUUAGGACUACACUAACAUAUAAUUGACCUCAAAUCUAACAGACAUGGACUAAAUGCCAAUUUUGACACCAUGAGGUCCUUAAGAGCAAAGAUGAUUAAUAUAAGAGAGAUAUUAAAGAAUGCAUGAAGAGUAUUUUAUACAAGGUUUGUGGAUGUCAACAAAUGGCUAUAUAUAUAUAUAUAAGAUUAUCUAUAAAGGCAAUGGUGUGUGACAAAAUGCUUAAGUGCAGCCUUACUAAUACAGAUUUUAUAAAAGCACAAAUUAUUAAAAAACAAUGCUGUAUAUGUAUUUAUUUUUUAAAUAAAAAAAUGAAAGUGGGUUAUUCAUCUGUCACAAUCUUUACUCUAAAUGCUUAGAAAUGAAAGAUUCAUCUGUGGAAUCAGAUGUGAACAGACUUUCAUUGGAGUUUAAAGCAAAUUAACGUCAUUUUCAGCUAAUUGGGUGAAACUCACAAACAUGUCCAGGAUAUAAGAAAUGAUAUUUUUCUUAAAGAAAUUUAUGCCAAUUUAAGGAAAAUUCGUUGUUUUUGCAGUGACAUUCUUUUCAUGACAAUCAAGUAAAUUUUCCCCAAAUUCUCAUUACUGUAAUGCAAAAAAAUUGUUAAGUGUACACACUGUACAUCAUGGUAAUAUUGGUUGUACUGCAUUUCCUUUAUGCUGAUUUAAAUAAAAAAUUCGUAGUUAUUUUAAUACUGUAACACAGUAAAAUUGAACUAUAUUACAGCGAUUUAAAUCUAAUGAGAAACACCCUCCUAUGGUAUUAAAAAAAUGGCACGUCCUUUGGUAUUCACGGUCAUUUUUGACCGGAAGGGUCAGAUGUGUAACCCCUUUUAAUGAUACCAUUUUUUCUUCCUUGAAGUAAGAACAAUAAAUGUGCUUUUUUUUUUUUUUUUGGGCUGGGGGUAUUUUUAUACUAUUUUGAUCUUAUUUACAUGUUAGUUUCUCAAUUUUACCAUUAAUUUGCAUAUACAAAUAAGCACAUUUUUGAAAAUAAAAAUGUAAAAAAAUAAUUCAGAACCGACACAUCUGUAAGUUAAAACAUUAAGAAAAUAUGAAAAUGUGACAUAAAUUGGAGGCAGAUUGCAAACAAAAUAUAAAUAACACGACUUAAACACCAUGUCAUGCCAGUAACAGUCAGUAGAUGACUGUAGACACAUACUGUGUAGUCUGAUGGCUUGGUGUAACCUAAUUUUAUAUUUUAUCACAAGAUAUGCAUUUGGAUAUAUAUUUAGACAUGAUCAAACUAUUAUUUGUCAAAGUUUAGCAUUUCAAAAUUGAUUUGAAGUGUCAGUUUUUGCAGUUAAUGUCAUUAUGCUUGCAAUCAAACCUGACCAUGGUGUUACAAAGAGAAGACACAGAAUAAGCAUUUUUCUACCAAUAAUUUAUUUCAAACAUAACAAUGUAAUAAUUCAAAAGUAAAUGCAUAAUAAUGUCACAAAAAUGAACAUCAAAAAACAGAAAUGAACUGCGAAAUUCUGAAAAUUUAAUAAGAAUGUAAAACAGAAGAAUCAGAGUAAACAUUUUGCACUUUUAAGCUUUCUAUAGUAAAAAUGUAUUUUGCAAAUGUGUGUGUGAGUGUUCUGCAUUUUGAGUGUGUUAUCAUCUCAUCCCUUCAUUUCUGAGUGUGUGUGUUUAGCAUUGUGGCAGAUGUAUUUUGACAAAUGUAAAAAAAAAAAAAAAUGAUGUUAUAUAUUCAUCAGUUAAUUCCUGUGUUUGUGUAAGUGAGGGUGUGUAUGUUUUGCACUGAGGGUGUUUUAGAGUCUCACCCUGUAAUUUCUGUCUGUUUAUUUCUGCACUGUGGCUGAAUUAUUGAUUGUAUUUGACAGAUAAAAAAACAGCUCUGUGUUUUGGUCUUUCCCGUUCAUUUUUAAUGGUCGGUCAGUUUUGACCGCAAAUACCAAAGGUGUCGUUUUUUUUUUUUUUUUUUUUU